AUGCCAACUGAUAAAAAAAAUGACACCACGGUUGAUAAUAGAGAUUUAGAUAAUAUUGAAUUAUCCUCAUAUUCUAAUUCUAACACAGUAGAUCUGGAGGCAUUAGAAGAAGAAUAUGAUCAAUAUAAAAAAGAAGAAGAAAUAGAAUAUAUAUCCGGAAACUAUUUAAAUAGUUCACCAACUCAAAAUAUUAAUGUUACCAGUAAUCCCAAAUAUGAAGAAUAUAAAAAAUUAAAGCAUUUGGAUCAAAGUUAUAAUUAUGUCAGUACUGAAUAUUUGGACACAGAUUAUUUAAUUCCUGCGCAUAAUGAAAAUAUAAUAACAUUUAAAGAAUAUUAUAAUCAUUCAUUAAAGGAAUAUUUUACAUUUAACGCAGCAAAAAAUUAUGCAUUAUCAAUAUUUCCAAUUAUACAUUGGUUACCAUUUUACAAUUUUAAUUGGUUUAUUUCUGAUCUGAUAGCAGGAAUCACAAUUGGUUGCGUGCUGGUUCCACAAUCAAUGUCGUAUGCUCAAAUUGCUACAUUAGAUCCACAAUAUGGUUUAUAUUCUUCAUUUAUUGGUGCUUUUGUAUAUGCACUUUUUGCAACUUCGAAAGAUGUUUGUAUUGGCCCUGUCGCUGUCAUGUCUUUGGAAACAGCAAAAGUCAUUGCUGAUGUAUCCUCGCAUUUCCAGAACGAUCCGGACGUUACUGGUCCAAUUAUUGCAACUACGUUAGCUUUGUUAUGUGGUGGUAUUGCAGCUGCUGUCGGCUUUUUAAGAUUAGGGUUUUUAGUAGAGCUAAUUUCUCUGAAUGCAGUGACAGGAUUCAUGACAGGUUCUGCUUUUAAUAUUCUAUGGGGUCAAGUACCAGGAUUGAUGGGUUAUAGUAAACUGGUAAAUACAAGACAAGCUACAUAUAAGGUUGUGAUAGAUACCUUAAAACAUCUGCCAGACACUAAGUUAGAUGCUGUAUUUGGGUUAAUUCCAUUAUUUAUCUUAUAUGUCGUCAAAUGGUGGUGUACUAAUUAUGGUUUACAGUUAGCUGAAAAACAGUUUUCAUCAAAUGAGAGAUAUAGAUUUUAUCUGAAAAAGUUUUACUUUUAUACAAAUGCCAUGAGAAAUGCGGUAGUGAUUAUUAUAUUCACAGCUAUAUCAUGGUCUAUUACAAGAAAUAAAUCAUCAAGCGAAAGACCAAUUACCGUUUUAGGAACAGUUCCUUCUGGGUUGAAGGAUAUUGGUGUCUUCAAACCACAAACUAAAAUUGUCCAAAAAAUUGGUCCUCAAUUACCUGCAUCAAUCAUCGUGUUACUUUUAGAACAUAUUGCCAUUGCUAAAUCAUUUGGUAGAAUUAACGAUUACAAAAUUGUUCCAGACCAGGAACUUAUUGCAAUAGGUAUUUCCAAUUUAGUCGGGACAUUUUUUUCUGCUUAUCCAGCAACGGGUUCAUUCUCAAGGUCAGCUUUAAAUGCCAAAUGUAACGUUAAAACUCCUUUAUCAGGUAUAUUUACGGGGGGUUGUGUGUUACUAGCAUUGUAUUGUCUAACCGGGGCAUUCUUUUACAUUCCAAAAGCUACACUUUCCGCUGUCAUCAUCCAUGCAGUUUCUGAUUUAAUUGCCAGUUAUCAAACUACAUUAAGUUUUUGGAAUAUGAAUCCUCUUGAUACUUUAUGUUUUUUGGUGACGGUUCUUAUUACUGUCUUUUCAUCAAUUGAAAAUGGUAUUUACUUUGCAAUGUGUUAUUCUUGUGCACUAUUCAUAUUUCGUUCUGCGUUCCCAGCUGGUAAAUUUUUGGGGAGAAUUGAAAUUGCAGAAGUUAUCAAUGCCACCCCCAAAGAUGACUUUCAAAUGGAUAAUUUUAAUGGUUUCGAGACAUCCGAAUAUAAUAAUUUUCCUGCUGAUCAAAGUUACGGAAAAUUCGAUAUUGCAAAUAAAAACACACAUAAAUAUAAUUCACCUCAUUGUAGCAAAAAUUUCUAUACAAAAUGGGUACCAUUCGAUCAUACUUACACAAAAGAACUAAACAAGGAUGUAGAAAUUCUGGAACCUCCGCCAGGGGUUAUUGUUUAUAGACUCAGUGAUAGUUUCAUUUAUUUAAAUUGUUCUAGACAUUUUGAUACAAUAUUUGAUGAAGUUAAACGUAAGACUAAAAGAGGAAAAUUUAUUGGAAAUAUAAAGAAAUCCCAAAGGCCAUGGAAUGACCCUGGGGAAUGGGAAGCUCCAACUUGGAUGACUAAGAAAUUCAGUAUUCGGAACUUAUUUAAAAGGAAACAGGAAGCUGAGAGCAAUGUUCCGAAUGAAGAUGCUUCUACUGAUUUAGAUAUAUCAAAUAACAAGGAUAUCGAUAUGGAUCAUAGACCCGUGUUACAAGUUAUAUGUCUCGAUUUUUCUCAGGUUAGUCAAACUGAUAAUACAGCUUUACAAUCAUUAUUUGAUCUUAGGAAAUCCGUAAACAGCUAUGCUGAUAGGCAGGUUGAAUUUCAUUUCUGUGGCAUUAUUUCUCCUUGGGUAAAAAGAGGUUUGAUAAAAUUAGGUUUUGGCACAGUAAAUGAAGCUUAUAGCGAUGCAUCUACAAUUGUAGGUCAUGUAAGUUAUCAUAUCGUUAAAAAUCCAACUUUUCGAAACAAAUCAUUCUCAUCGCAUACUAGCGAGGAUACAAUAAGUGAUAUGAACAUCGAGGCUAAAGAUUAUAAUAACUAUUCAAUCGAAGCUGCCAGUGGUACAAAUUAUCCAUUCUUUCAUAUAGAUAUUCCAAAUUUUUCGAAAUGGGAUGUCUAG